AAUGUACCAUUGUUCAAGAAUGGCUGCAAAGAAAAACAUGGGAACUACAAACCUGUAAGCCUUAAUCUAUGGAUGUUAGAAAGGGAAGAUUUUCAGACAGCAAUCUCAAAACAACCAACACUUGAAGAUCUUAUACAGUCACUGAAAUAACUGGCACUUAUAUAUCAUUGGCUGUAAACCAUAGAUCAAGAAUGUGUCUCUGGUUCAAAAGGUUUGAAACAACAAUUUGGCUGGAAAAGAACUGAGACAUACUUACCAACUGCGAGUCUUUCAGUGAAUUGAUAACCCUUCAAACAGUCUCAUACUCAAAGAAACAUCACACCAUUCAUAGUAGGAACUUACAGAGACCCAAGGCCACCCUUAAUAUGGAGAAACCAUGGAAAUGUGAUGACUGUGGGAAUGGAUUCCAUUCCCUGUCAACUCUGGAGUUUCAUCGACGUGGUCACUACAGGGAGGAGCCGUUCACCUGCACCGAAUGUGGGGAGGGAUUCCCUGAUUCGUCUGCUCUGCGGGUACACCAGCGUGAUGCCACUGCAGAGAGACCAUUCACCUGCUCUGAGUGUGACAAGACGUUCUGUGAGUAUUUCACCCUGUUGUCACACCAGCAAGUUCACACAGGGAAGAGGCCACCUACCUGCUUGGAAUGUGGGAAAGUGUUCACGCAGGUAUCCAGCCUGCGCAUGCACCAACGAGUUCACACUGGGGAGAGGCCAUUUCCCUGCUCUGAUUGUGGAAAAGAAUUCACUGUGUCAUCAGCCCUCGUGAGACACCAACGCAUCCACACAGGGGAAAAGCCAUUCAAAUGCUCCAAGUGUGGGAAGCGAUUCAGAUAUUCAUCUGUCCUACAGGCACACAAAUUAAGUCAUACUGGGAAGAAGUCAUUCAUAUGUUCUGAGUGUGGGAAAGAAUUCACUCAGUAUUCAAGUCUGUGGAGGCACAAGAAAGUUCACAAAUUAUCACAGGAGUAGGAUCUGCUGUUAAUCUGUAUUAUUAAAUCUGCUCGACAGCACAUUUCAAACCCACACCUUCACCAUCUAGAAGAACAAGUGCAGCAGUUACCUGGGAACAUUACCACCUGCAAGCUCCCCUCCAUGUCACAUUAACAGGCUGUUAGAAAGGGAGGGUUUGCAGACAGAAAUCUCAAAACAACCAGUACAUGAAGAUCUAAUGGAGUCACUGAAAUAACUGGGACUUGAACAUCACAAAUCUCCACAUUGGCUGUUCCUUCACUAUCAAUGUGUCAAAAUCUGGAACUGCUCCCUAAUAGCAUUGUGGGUGAGCCAACACCACAAGGACUGCAGUUCCACAAUGCAACUCACCAUCACUUUCUCAAAAUGAACAACUCCGAUGGGCAAUGAAUGCUGACCCAGACAUUGAUACUAUACCCCAUGAAUUGAUAUCAAAAUGAGGGAAAAUUCCACUCAAGACUAAGCCAUGUUCAUUCUGACAGAAGGUGAAAUGGGGACAACUAAAGAAUUGCUUUCUCCUGGACAGGCCACUCUUGCCUCUUUGCUUCCAGUAAGGCUGAUGUACUUUGAGCAUGGAACUGCACAUUCCCACAGAAAUGAUCCCCUGAGAAAGGGCAUUUAAUUUAUCCUAGAUAGAAAAUAAUGUUUUCCUCACCACUCUAAUGAGAUGAAAAGUAAAUAUGUUUGUCUUUGUUCCAUUAAGUCUGUACCCAGGGCAGGCCAAUUGACUCAAUUGGUCUCAGUCAGGAAGCCAAAAGGACUUUGAUUUUCUCUCAUGCAGUGGAGGAAAUUGGAAUAGUUAAAGUAGAUUUAUAGAAGAAUGAAACUGUUCAACUUUUCUCACUAAAAGAAAAUUGAACAGCUUUACUAAUCUACCUGAUCGCACUAAAUCUUUCCUACUCCGCUGUUUCAAAAUAUUAUGUGAUCACAUUGAGUAUCUGAGAAAAUGGCAUCAAGUUUUCUUGUGGUUUAUAUCAGAAUUCGUCGGGAGGAUCAAGAAGAACACAGUAGAAAAUUAGUAGAAAAUAUAAGUUAAUUUGAAACAAAGGCACAAGACGUCUUGUUGAUGAAGAUAGAGUCAAAAAGAAUGUCUGUUCCCGCAAGUUGGAAAAAUGCAGAAGGAUUUUGUGAUAAAGGUGGCAAUGAUUACAACUAACGAAACCUUUGGUGAUUGUAGAAUUUAUUAUAAUAGGAGUGGCUCUGCUUAGCACUGCUGCCUCAUAGCGCCAGGGACCCGGGUUCAAUUCCUACUGUCUGUGUGGAGUUUGCACAUUCUCCCCGAGUCUGUGUGGGUUUCCUCUGGGUUCUCUGGUUUCCUCCCACAGUCCAAAGAUGUGCAUGUUAGGUAAAUUGGCCAUACUAAAUUGUCUGUAGUGUUAGUUGCAUUAGGCAGGGAUGAACGUAGGGGAAUGGGUCUGGGUGGGUUGCUCUUCAGAGGAUUGUUGUGGACUUGUUGGGCCAAAGGGCCUGUUUCCACACUAAGUAAUCUAGUCAGGAUAUUAUACAAUACAAUUUUAACAUAUUGUGGUAUUGGAUUAGAAAUUCCAGGAAAUACUACUUAUUCUCUCCGUUGGUGUUAAUAUGGCUGGUCAUUGGGGAAGGAGAAAGAAUUGGCACCACGUGAUCAACUGCUUUUUAAAAAAAAUUUGAAAAGCCAGCGAACACGUAGAAAACAGCAGAUAGUUUUAGAGGAGAGUGCAUGAAUCCAUACUCGUUCAUUUGUUUUUCCAUUCCAAAAGAAUAGUUAACACAAUCCCACUUUACCCCAUUCCCUCCUUUACAGCUGAGGACUGACUCACUAUUGUCUAAUAUGCUCUCUCUCUGAAAUCAGUGAAACCAGUGAAUAAUGCGCACAGGAUAAGGGACCACUCAUUAUCGUAUGCUACAUCAACUGACUACUUAUUGCACUGGGAAUUAAUUCAGCCCUUCUUAAUGCAUUUAAAGGAAAUGUGAAACCAAUGUGUAGUCAAACACGAUCAGGGACAUUCAUGUAUCAAUUAACAGAUUGAAAGUCCAGGGCUCUCCACAAUAAGAGGAAAAUAAUCAAUCUGACAGCGAGUGUAAUUGUCAAUCUGUACCUUUCCGACUCUGCUGUGUGAAUACAUAAACAUAGUUAUCGAUCUGUUCUUGUCAGUUUCUGCCUGGUGAAUGUGUUGUGUAAUUGUCAAUCUAUCCCUGCUAUGUAAAUGUGUCUGCUGAGAUUUCAUCUGUUGCUAUCAGUUUCAGCUUUGUAAAUGU